UUAUUUCUUUAUUCUUAAAAAAAAUUUCAAAUAAGACAAUUCCUUAUCCUGAUAUUUGAGGACCUCUAAAAUACACUUGUGGCUACCGUAUAUCCAUACACACACUAUUAAACCCCAAAACCAAAAAAAUAGAAGAAACAUAAAAACGAAAAAGAAUAAAUUAAAAUUAAAUAAAUAAAAAAAGAAAAGAAAAGACGGCAGCAGAAAAACAUGCUCGCGAAGGAAUCGUCGAGGUUCGAUCUUCCCGAGGAAUUGCUGGAGGUUUUGCCCCUCGAUCCAUUCGAGCAGCUCGAUGUGGCCCGCAAAAUCACCUCCAUUGCCCUCUCCACGCGCGUCGACUCCCUCGAAUCGGAGGUGUCGGAGCUCCGCCACCACCUCGCCGACCGCGACAACAUCAUCGCCGGCUUGGAGUCGCAGCUCCAGUCGCUCGACGCCUCCUUCGCCGACGCUUCCGAUAAGCUCGCCGCUGCUCAGCAGGAGAAGGAAAGCUUGUUAAAGGAGAAUGCGCAGCUGAGCAACACUGUGAAGAAGCUGAACAGGGAUGUAACCAAGUUGGAAGCCUUCAGAAAGACGUUGAUGCGGUCUCUUCAAGAUGAUGAAGACAACCCCGCAAGUGGUCCUAAGGCUAAUGUGACAAAUCCGCCAAGCAAUCCCGAGGAUGAUUCUGAUUUACAGCCUAACCCAACUACAUCCAUCCAAAGCCAAUUCUCCGAUGCUGGAAUUUCAAAUUCUGUCGAUGCUGAUGCUGAAGCCGCGAGGGCUCGUGCACCAUAUAGCUACUUACUAGCAUCACAGAAUAGCACGCCUCGUCUCACACCUCCAGGUUCCCCUCCGAGUCUGUCUGCCUCUGUAUCUCCGUCUAGGACGCCCAAACCAGUGUCUCCGAGGAGACAGAGACACUCAAUUGCUAUUACAUCAACAAGAGGCCUUUACGAGGAUAGGUCUUCUGUGUUCUCUUCUUUGCCUCCAAGCCAGUUCAGUUCAAUGUCAAGCAUGGAGUCGGGAUCACAAACAGGGAAAACGCGUGUUGAUGGAAAAGAAUUCUUUCGCCAAGUCAGGUCCCGCCUGUCGUACGAGCAGUUCAGCGCGUUUCUUGCAAACGUGAAGGAACUCAACUCCCACAAGCAAACAAAAGAGGAAACCUUAAGGAAGGCGGACGAAAUCUUUGGCCCCGAUAAUAAGGACCUCUACGCCAUCUUUGAGGGGCUAAUCACUCGUAACGUGCAGUGAAUACAACGAGCUUUUAAUUUCGUGUAACACCUUCGAGAUCUUAGCUUCUCUCUCAAGAUUGUAGAUUUUGAAAGUUUAUGUUGUAAAGUAAGUUUAUGCCGCAUACAUAGCCAUUGUAAAUGUAUGUUUUGUAUCUAACCACAAAUGUUCCUCAAUAUUCAAUAAAUAAUUGGCUUCUGGUUUUGGUA